CAUGCCCUGACAGCCUUCGGCUGUCAGGGCUUGAUGGGAGUUGUAGUUUUGCAAAGUCACAUCUUAGGGAAGACUGUUGUUCUAAGGGAAUCAACCCAGUUCCGGAACACAAGGGGUGAAGACAAUCUCAGACUUCUCCCUAGCAACAGCAGCAGCAACAGCCGCUGUACGUGAUCCCCUCCGGCGCAUGCGCGGCCCCGGGCGGACAGCGCGAGAGAGCGGCAACACCGGGGAAAGGAAAGAUGGCGGACGGCAGCGGUAAACUGAAGGGACUGCGGGAACAGAUGGUGGCUGCAGCACAAGCAAUAGCCGAUGAGCGCAGAAGCCAGACUGGAUCUAGCCCCGUCUCCAUCCCUCCCUCAGGUACUAUAAAGACAACUAAGCCAGUAAUUGAUGGCUCAGCUUUAAGAACAGAUGAGAGGCAAAGAUUAGCUCGGGAACGCAGAGAAGAGAGAGAGAGGCUAAAUGCUGCCAAAGAAAAAGAAUUACUCGAAAAAGAAAAAAAGUCAAAACUUCAGUAUGAGAAGCAAAUGGAAGAAAAGCAGAGGAAACUGGAGGAGCAGAAGCUGAAGGAUGAGCAAAAGAGGAUAGCUGCAGAAGAGAAAAGAAAACAAAGAUUACUGGAAGACAAGGAACGCAGAGAAGCAAAUGUCAGGCGAACUCUUGAGCGCAGUAGUCAGUUGGACCAGAGGCAGAAACGAUGGUCUUGGGGAGGAUCAGCCGAAGGAGACAAACUUGGUACAUCGGGAAGUAGUUGUCCCAGCCACGUAGAUUUAAUAGGCAAAAAUGCUUCCACCGCAGAACCACAGGCUGAAGAUGAAAGUGGAUCUGGCGCAGCAAACAUACGUUCCUCAUCAGCAUCGAACCUAAAGCAGGCAGACAACAGCAUUCACAAGCGUCUAUCAUCAUCAUCUGCCACCCUUGAAAAAGGUACCAAGCAGAGGAGCUCCUCCUUAAGCAGGCUGAAUAACAAAACUCCUAGUCCACAGCCCUUCUCGCCUAGGGUUUCAAACCAGGAGCAGAAAGGUGGAACAGGCCACAAGAGAAGCUCUUCCCUCUCUAGACUGAGUAGUAAAAAAUCACCACCUGCACAUCUAGAGGGCGUGAAAAAGGAAGAAAAAACAGCUCAUCGCCCCCCGAGCAGCCCCCUGGACAGUAGUUUAAUCAGUCGUCUCCUCGCCCCCACUCAGUCUUCCCUAGCUAGGAGUAAGAGUGCUGCUACAUUGUCAGCCGAUGGAAAAGAAUUGCCAGAAUCUCACCUCUGUCCUCGUUCAGCUUCAGCCGCUACCACCAGUACCCCACCCUCCGUCUCUAAAGGUCCCAUGCGCAGCCGCAGCAUUGACAGAGUGAAGACUCCUAGCAUGGCAGCAUCUGGUUCUACCACUUCAGAAGCUAGCCAGAAGUCGGGCCCUGAAAAGCCUUCACCACCAUCUGUGGGGAAACGGCCGCCAUCUCCUACUGCAACUUCACAACGAAGAUCUCCUUCGCCCGCUGGUGUAACAAAGCGAGCUCCAUCACCAACACUGGAAAAAAAGAACACUAGCUCAGUGACACAAAGGACCCGUCCGCCAUCUCCAAGCUUACUGAAGCAGAGACCUGCUUCACCAACUAUGACUCCAAAACCGGUUCCAAUCCAGCGCCCCUCACUCACACCGCCUGUCUUAAGCACUACCAAAAAGACUGCUGAACUAGAAACUAAACCAAAGGAGAAAUCUACAGAUGGGGCUAACUCUGAGCCCAAAACCCCACAGACCUCUGAAAAAGAGGCAGCUAGUCCAAAGACCAAAGAUGAACCCAGUAACAAGACCAUAUCAGGGAGUGCGACUGCUGAGGAAGCUGCAAAACUAUUAGCUGAAAACCGGCGUCUUGCACGGGAGCAAAGAGAGCGCGAGGAGCAAGAGCGCAUUCAGAGACAACACGAAGAAAAAAUAAGACAGGAAGAAAUGGCUCGUAAAGCAGAAGAGGAGAGAGUAAGAUUAGAAGAAGAGUCAAAGCUAUUGGAGGAGAAGAGAAAGCUGGAAAGAGAGGAGGAAGAAAGACUUGCUCAAGAGCUGAAGAUCCGCAGAGACCAAGAAGAACAAGAGCGUCUGGCUGAGCUUCAGCAACAGAGAGAAGAAGCAGAAGCCAAAGCUCUUGAAGAAGCUGAGAAACAAAGACAAGAGCGGGAAAAAAUCAUGCAGCAAAAUAUGCAGGAAAGAAUGCAAAGGAAAAAGCGAAUUCAAGAAAUAAUGAAGAGAACUAGGAAGAACGAUGAGAAUGAUGUUAAGAGUGGAGACAAGUCUGAAGAUGAUGAAGACAGUGGUGAUGCAGAGAAAAAUCUAGAAGAAAGAGACAAUGAAGAUGACAUUUAUGAGGAUGCAGAUACACCCAGCGAAGUGAGAGAAGAAAUAACUGCUCAGGAUUCCUUGUCCCAGAAAACUGAAGUGGUGGAAAGCAAAGACUUAUUUAUUAAUGGGGACAGGCUAGAUAUUGAGGAAAAACUUAAUGGUCACUCAUCAGAAACUGCAUCUACAUUAAAGUCAAGUCAAGUACCAGAUGACAUCGCUAUACUUAGCCAAGAUGGAGUGCAUUGUAAUGAAGAUAACACAGCCGAUAGUGUACCAAAGCUUAAUGGAAAAUCGGCAACUUGGACAUUUGAGGAAAUAAUUGACUUGGGAAUCCAUUCCAAGACUAGCAAUUUGUCUGUUGAUUCCAUUGCUAUGGACACCUGUAAUCCUGACCUCAUAGAAGCUGCUACAAUUACCCCAAAAUUAGCUUUUGAAGAAGGACAAUUGAAUUCUUUGUCGGCAACCAUUGAAACAGCUGCAGAGAUGUGACAUCUGUUCGGCUCUCGUCCUGUUAUUGCACUUCGCUCUCCAGUAUUUAAUAAAGUGCUGAAGCCUUGUCGUGAAUAGCUGCUAUUUCAACCUAUUACUUACAGAUGCAAAGAUCAUCUAGCAAGAGAAGAAACAAAUGUCAUACGUUGGCACUUCUUCAGGGAGACUACGUUGGGCAGUUACACAAGGUCACAGAAAUCUUAGUCCUUAUUAUCUGUAAUGUUGACAGAACUUGUCUGUUACUCCUUAUGCAGUAAGUUAUUGUACCCUCAUAUGUGUUAAGAUCCCAACGUGUCCAUUAAUGUCAUUAGGUUUUCUGUUCUAGCACUUACAAUGGCUAAGUCAUGUUAAUGGUUGCAAUGUUAAAACUAACCCUUCAAAGAGCUGAAAUGUUUCACACUUUCAGUAUGUUAUUGGGGUUUUCUCUCUAAUAUGGCCAACACUUGGUAAGCAUAUAUCAUUACUAAUAUCUUUGGCUAAUAAUGUUCACUCAUUUGGUGAGGCUCUUAUGCACAGUGGACAAAGCCCUGUUUAUGGUCAUUGUUGUUGAUCGGGAUUAGAAAAGUUUUCAGCUUUUUUCUGCUACUCUUUUCUAUGUCCUGUGUCUGGUUUUGCCCACUUUUUUGCCAUCCAGUCAUGGAUAAGCUAAGCAUACCGAUGUGGUGACCCGCGUAGUAACAGCAGGAGAGCCCCAGGUCACUGAGGGACUCAACCUGACAGGGCCUCAGUGUAGUGAAGGACCAUGUCCUGUACUGGGACAUUACACUGAUAUAUUGUUUUGUUAGAAAUGAUUCAGUAUAGCUUAUAAUGUAUUAAUUGUAAUUCCUGCUAUUUCUAUGUUUAGGUGUCUAAUGGGUGGUGUCACUUAAUAUCUGGCAGCCUUCACUGUAUAAGAAUACUGCUGCCAAUCACUUUGGGUCUCCCACUAGACUUCCAAGCAUAGAAAGAUCAGGGAUUCUUUCAAUACGUUACAAGUUAUAUGGCUUUGUUGGAAAAGAUCCAUUAUAUGUCUGCUUAGCUUAUCAUGCUUUGUGACAUACAGUUGACAGCUUGGCCUGUAUGUUCAAAGUGACAGGUUUCCUUUAAAUCAUUCUGAAUUCAGAUUACUAGUGUCAGAAGAUCUAGUGAUAUCAUUAUGGGCUGAUUUCCAGAAUAAUAACUUCGGUUUUUCCACUGUGUACAAGAGAUGACUCCUACCAGUGUCCCUCAGCUUUACUCUUCUCAUUUUUUUUUUUUUAAACAUUUCAUAUUUUUUUUCUAUUGUUAUGUGUUGCUGAUAUAUUUGUAAGUAUUAUUUUAUUGUGUACAUACGCAUCAGUAUUAGACAACUACUUGAUUAUUUUGAGGUUUCUGUUGGUAUUUUACAGUGAGUUAGUUGUGAGCAUGCUGCAAAACCCAUUUGUUUCAUGGGGCUUUACAUGCAGCAAGCCUAUAUAUUUCAGAUUACCUUACUUCAACAGGCUCAACGUUAAACACAUCCAUAUUAGAAUUAAGCAUGACGGCUUGACUGAUUGACGUCUCUGUUAAGUAAGUGGCAUCUUCGAGGAUUGUGGCUUAGCCGUCACACAAUCCUCCCAUAGACUUGCAUUGAGGGGGCGGGGCUAUGACAUCAUGAGG